CAGGGAGACACGGAUCAAGAAAAAAAGCUGUGUCCGAAGCAGCAAUGGCAUCCAAUCACCACUUCUUCUUCUCUCUCCUCAUCCUCCUCUCCAUCUUCACCCUCUCCAGAUCUGACGAUCCGGAUUGUGUGUACACGGUGUUCGUGAGGACCGGUUCGAUCAUAAAAGGCGGAACCGAUUCAAACAUCACCUUAACCGUAUACGACGCAGCCGGGUACGGGAUCCGGAUCAACAACCUGGUAACAUGGGGCGGGUUAAUGGGUACGGGUUACAACUACUUCGAGAGGGGUAAUCUCGACAUCUUCAGCGGGCGGGGCCCGUGUCUGACCGGCCCGGUUUGUAAAAUGAACCUCACAUCCGACGGAACCGGUUCGGGCCACGGGUGGUACGUCAACUACGUGGAGGUCACCUCCACUGGGGUCCACACCGACUGCGCCCAGAAGCAGUUCACGGUGGAGCAGUGGCUCGCCACCGAUACCUCGCCGUAUGAGCUCACAGCCAUCAGGAACUACUGCACGACGUCCGAUUUCGAGAAGAAGCCCGCGAUGGACGGCUCUGAUUUGUCUGUCGUGUCUGUCAUGUAACCGGUGGGUGUCUAUUCGGGUCGGGGUAUCCGACCCGUAUUGUUUGCGGGUUUUUGAAUUUUUUUUUUAACCCACCUGAGUGUGAUUUUGUGUUUGUUAAUGUGAAUUUAUUUGUCAUCAGCUUUAAUUUAUUACACGGUUUGUGAGGUAGGUGGAGGCAGUGAAUGUGACCAAAAUGCCCUUUUUCAUCAAGGGCAUUAUCUUGUGUUUUUCUUUCGUUUUUGGUGAAUAAAAUGAUGAAACUUGAAUAUUUA